CUGUGCGCAGGUGACGACCAUUCUAGAAGUCAGGACGGGGGCAUCAGCAUUGUAGGCAUCAAUGCCACAAGUGUGAACCUGAACUGGAGACCCAGCGACCCGGUGUCGUCCUACAAAAUACAAGUGGUGGCAGUGGUGGGAGAGACCAGUUCUUUCAAUGUCACGGUCAACGAGAGCCAUGUUGUCAUUCCCGGACUCACGCCCAGUACCCUCUACAACAUCACUGUGUAUCCUGUGCAGGAGAAUGGCUCUGAGGGCAUGCCCAGCUUCUGCCAAGUCAAUACUGCCCCUGGCCCUGUCUCCAAUUUUCAAGUGACGAGUGUCAACCCCACAGAGAUCGGCUUGGCUUGGAGUAGCACCCACGCACAGGCCUUCAGGAUUGUCACCCGUCUGGAUGCAGACGGAGAAGCUUGGAGGAAGACAGACACCACCAGCAACCACAGUAUUGUCAUUGGGGACCUGAGCCCGGGGACUCGCUAUCUUUUCGAGAUAUUUCCUCAAGGACCAAACGGGGCUGAAGGGCCCCCUGAAACAGUCCGCGGUCAAACUGAGCCCAGUCCGGUCUCUGGUCUCCGUGUGGUCUCCAGGGGGACGACGGAAGUUUAUCUGACUUGGACCAGUGGGAAUGGCACUGCCAACUGCCGGAUGCUCCUGGAAGACGUUGGAAGUCAAAAUGAGUCCACUCAAGACUCGGUGGUCAGUAUUAAAGACCUGAAGCCAGGGACUCGUUUGAAUGUCACCGUGUUUCUUCGAGAGACCCGGGGAGACCCAGAAGGUGACAUGGACGCCAACAGCACCCUGGGCAGCUCCACGGAGAAGCCAGCCAGCAGCCCCGCUGCCCCUGUGGACAGAUACCGCCUCGAACCUGAAGACUCCUCCUCUUCCCAAGGGUCCUCGGACACGAGGGUCUGGAUUGUUGGCUUACAGCCCAGCACGGCGUACAAGGCCACUGUUUAUCCUCAAGCGGAAGGUGGCACGGAGGGACAGCCCCAGGCCGUAGGAUUCUGGACAAAGUCUAACAGUCAGGUGUUUGACCUCCAUGUGGUGAACAUCAGCGCUACCAGUAUUAUGCUGACCUGGAAGAUUAAUGAAACUCUGCAGUCCUCAGGCUACAGCUACAAAAUACAAGUGGCAGAACAAACCAUGUCCUUCAACCUCACGGCCAACGAAACCCGGGUUGCCAUUCCUGGACUCACACCCUGCACCUUUUAUAACAUCACGGUGCACCCUGUGCAAGACGGGGGCUCUGAGGGCACGCCCGGCUUUCUCCAAGUGUACACUCCUCCUGGGCCUGUGUCCAACUUUCGAGUGACAGAUGUCAGCACAACGGAGAUCGGCUUGGCUUGGAGUAGCACCCACGCACAGGCCUUCAGGAUAGUCACCCGUCUGGAUGCAGAUGGAGAAGCGUGGAAUAAAACGGACACCACCAGCAACCACAGUAUUGUCAUUGGGGACCUGAGCCCGGGGACCCGCUAUCUUUUUGAGAUCUUUCCACAAGGACCAAACGGGACUGAAGGGCCCCCUGAGACAGUACGCGGUCAAACUGACUCCAGUGCGGUGUUUGGCAUCCGCGUGGUGUAUGUCAACACAACCGCAAUGAGGUUGGAGUGGCAGAGCACAGACCAGGCUUCCCGAUACACCUACCACUUAGAUAUACAGCCUGAGGUCAGCACGCAGGGCACGUCCAGCCGGGAGAAAGAGAUCACUCUGACUGGCCUCAUGCCGGGCACCCUGUACAGCAUCACCAUCACACCCGAAGUGGACAGCGUACUGGGGAACUCCAGCUCCAUCGCAGAUUACACACGGCCUAGCAGUGUGUCCAACAUCGUGAUAAGUACCACCACCACCACAGCAACCUUCAGCUGGGAGAACUCUGAUAACGCCUCUAGCACGUACAUGUACCACCUCCUUAUUGUCGGGAACAACAGCAGCCGGAGAGAGGCAAUCACGGAUGCUGGAAUCACCAGUGCCACCAUCGCUGAAUUAAGACCAGGCUCCACUUACACAGUGGAGAUCUUCCCCCAAGUUGGGAAUGUCACCGAGGGGGCCUCCAGCUCUGAGUCAUUCUGUACAGAUCCCGAGCCGGUGGAAUUCCGCUGUGAGAUGGUCCCCAAACAGCCCACCUUGGUCCUCACAUUUGCCUGCCCAGGUGGCUCCAAUGCUGGUUUCCAGCUGGAGGUCAACAGGGGAGACUGGCACAACAGGACGUACCUGGAGGCCUGCUCCUCCUCGGAGAAUGGCACCAGGUACAGGACAGAAGUCACGUCUUUGCUCUUUGCUACCUCAUAUAACAUCAGCAUCACCACCUUGUCCUGCGGAAAGAAUACAUCCUCUGGCCCAAGCAUCUGCACCACCAGUAUCACAGACCCCCCGCCUCCAGAUGAACCCCCAAAGAUCACAUAUUUCAGUCACAAUUCAGUAAAGGUCAAGUUCAGUGGGUUUAAAGAGAGCUCCGGCCCCAUUAAAGCCUACGCGCUCAUUCUCACCACCGGCAAAGCUGAGCGCCCCUCGGCGGAGGUCUUGAAAAACAGAUAUGAAGAUUUCAAAAGGGGGGCUUCGGAUACGUAUGUGACGUACUUCAUAAGCACCGAGGAGAGACAGCGUGCUCAGGGCUCAUCCCAGGACGCCAAGUAUGAGAUUGACGUUGGGAAUGAAUCGACUACGUGCGGCUAUUUCAACGGGAAACUGGAGCCGCUCGGCUCCUAUCGGGCCUGUGUGGCUGGCUUCACCAAUAUUACCUUUUACCCUCAAAACCACGGACUCAUAGAUGGAGACCAGAGCUACGUGUCCUUCAGCAACUACUCCGAGGUUGUCUCCUUGCCCCAGGAUCCAGGUGUCAUCUGUGGAGCUGUGUUUGGCUGCAUCUUUGGUGCCCUGGUCAUCGGGGCUGUGGGCGGCUUCAUCUUCUGGAGAAAGAAAAGGAAAGAUGCCAAGAACAAUGAAGUGUCCUUUUCUCAAAUCAAACCUAAAAAAUCCAAGCUAAUCAAAGUGGAGAAUUUUGAGGCCUACUUUAAGAAACAGCAAGCUGACUCCAACUGUGGGUUUGCAGAAGAAUAUGAGGACCUGAAGCUUGUUGGAAUUAGUCAACCUAAAUACGCAGCGGAGCUGGCUGAGAACAGAGGAAAAAAUCGCUAUAAUAAUGUUUUGCCCUAUGAUUUUUCCCGAGUCAAACUUUCAGUCCAGACCCAUUCAACGGAUGACUACAUCAAUGCAAACUACAUGCCUGGCUACCAUUCCAAGAAGGAUUUUAUCGCCACCCAAGGACCUCUACCCAACACUCUGAAAGACUUCUGGCGCAUGGUUUGGGAGAAAAACAUAUAUGCUGUCAUCAUGUUGACCAAAUGUGUGGAACAAGGAAGGGUCCAGACAAGUGAGAAUCACCCUUUGCGACAGUUCCAUUUCACCUCUUGGCCGGACCAUGGUGUUCCUGACACCACUGACCUGCUCAUCAAUUUCCGCUACCUGGUGCGUGACUACAUGAAGCAGAGCCCUCCUGAAACGCCCAUUCUGGUGCACUGCAGUGCGGGGGUUGGAAGGACAGGCACCUUCAUCGCCAUCGAUCGUCUCAUCUACCAGAUGGAGAACGAGAACACUGUGGACGUGUACGGGAUUGUGUAUGACCUCCGGAUGCACAGGCCUUUAAUGGUGCAGACCGAGGACCAGUACGUUUUCCUCAAUCAGUGUGUUCUGGAUAUCAUCCGAGCCCAGAAGGACUCCAAGGUAGAUCUCAUCUACCAGAACACAACUGCAAUGACAAUCUAUGAGAAUCUCUCGCCGGUGCCCACGUUUGGAAAGACAAAUGGUUACAUCGCCUGAUUUCCAAAGGACCAACUUCCUGGAGUCAGCCAAACAGACGGUUACGCCCACAGCAAAGGGGAAAACACCCUGCGGUUGACAUGUUUUCAUAUGUCUCCUAUCUUACAUCUGUGUUCUGUUUUGUUCCAACUAAUUUCAAUGGUGUGGAGCUGCAGGUGUGUAGUAUGACGAGUGAAAAGUUGGGGCUGGCGGGGGCUGGAGAUGGCUGGUGAGCAGGGCAGCCGAAUCCCUGAUUACCUAGGGGAGAGGGAAUGAGUUUUGUGGCUGUUUAUUUUCCCUUGAGGAUGAUGGGAAACCAGGAGAAAUGAGCUGUACUAUUUCUUUUUUUCUUUUUCAAAACAGGUUCUUUUUACAAAAGACUAUUUUCUAUGACUCACAUGCGAAAGCAAGGCUUGUGCUGGGUUGCAUAUAUUUUAAGUAUCAGAGGCCUAUUUUUUACCUACUAUAGCUGGGAAUCUUGCUGAUGGAAAACACAUCAUUGUGGACGAUUACCGUGUCAGAAGAGGUGUGUGGUGCCUGUCUGACAUGACUUUUCUUUCUUUCUGUUUUUUUUUUCCUAUUUGACCAUGUGCCUUUUCUGAAUUAUGCUUCCACAGGCAAAACUCAGUAGAUAUUCUCUAUUUUUGUAUUGAAUCUCCUAAUUGAUUGGAAUAUGCGGAAUAUUUAAGCAGUAGUUUAGGACCCAAGGCUCUGCCUUCCGGGUGACAUCCUGUUCUCUCUCGGUGGAGGAGGCCUCUUCCUCUCCCCGCUGGCUCCCGUGUGUUGUGCGCCAUCUUUUCGUCCCCUGCCCACCUCUUCUUCCUCAAGGACUUGCCUAUUGGCGACACCUUCGGCCCCUGGGUUGGGUAAGAGUGGAGACUCCAAUACCACCCUGAGACUUUGCGGGGAAAGAAGAGAGGACCCCCGUGAUGGCACAGCCUCCUUUUCUGAACCGUCUUACCCUUGGUCUCAUUUCUGUAUUUGGUAAGAAGAAUUAUUUAAAGGUGCAAUAUGUGACUUAGUGUAUCAUGAAGCCCUAGGUUUUUUAGUAAUGUUUUACUCAGGUUGGCAUUUUAUGUGUGUCUGUGUGUGUGUGUGCACGCGCGCGUGUUUAAAAGCGUGGUAAUCUGUGAACACUUCCGUGUGAAAACAGUGUCAAAUCAGCCCUUUUUCACCUCCCUCCUCCCCCAAAGAAACAAAUCCACUGGCUUUAGUCUCUCUCUGCAGUGACACGUCUUGGUAUCUGCUGUGUGUAUAUAAACGCUCCAAACAACAGUCAUUCGUACGAGUCAGAGUUGAGGUGUAUACAGUUUGAAUUUGUAUCAAGGAUGUAAUUAUUAUUUUUACAACCUCUUUUCAGUAUACUGCUGCUGUAAUUCCUUUGAUUUUUUUUUUGUUUUCAAAUGUAGAUUCUUUUUUCAGUUUCGUCUUCAGGUGUAUAUCCACCACGAAUUUCAGAGUUGAUGUGGAUUUAUUUGACUGGUACAUAAUCUGUAGCGUUCUCAAGGCAUUAACAUGAAAGGAUCUUCAUUUCUUUUACUUUGUGGCUCAGGUGAUAUUUUGAAGACGUUUUGAGGUUACCCUCUCACAGACAAUGAAGUAUACAAGGACUUAUGAAGGAAUUAGCCCACUCCCUGGAGGCCUGGGGCCCUUUCCUAUAGUCAGAAAUCCUGCUGUAAGCUCAGGACGAAUGCGUCCUAUUGAAAAUUGGGAGCUGGGUGGACUCCGAGCACCCCACGACCCCACCCAAUCACUGUUGGUCUGUGGGAACCAAUCUAAUGCUGCCUGCUCCUUGCCUACCUGGCACUUUGAUGAGUGGGCAUGCACAUGGGCAUUUGAGGGCCUGGUAGGGUGCACCACAGCGUAUGCACCUACAGCCUUCAGUGCUGUUGAGCGGGAUGGUGCUACAUGCCUCUUGUUGCCCCCUUCCCUUUGAGGUACUGAAUGGAUGAAGAGGAGACAUGGUAGGGUGUUCAGGUUUGGGGGAAAAACUCUACUUCCCAAGUGGAAAUUGCACUUUUUUUCCCCCCCUGACUCCUUGGCUUUCUUUGGUAGGUAGCCAGCAGCUCAUUGAAGGACUAGACUGGUCUGGCCAGGAGAGCCCACGUGGCUUAACUUCGGAGUGGGGCUCUGGCCCUGUAGAUCUGACUCAGGGAAGCCAUGCUGUCCCUAGGGUGAGAGGAAAGCUGGAUUUGACUGAUGGCAGAGCCCUGACAGGUCUGUGACUUUGUUCAGCGGUUCCUUGGGCCACCCCCCCGUCCCUACUCCAGUGUGUCUGAAAACCUAAGGGUCAAAUCCCUUGCAGGCACUCAGCCCGGUCCCCCUCUCUGCCCCGCAAGUGGGAAGUAGACUGCAGAGAAUUCACAGGAAAGGAAUUGCCCCUUUACAAACCCCUUCCAACGAUGAUAACAGUAAUAACACAAAGAUAUGCAUAAGAAAAAGCUAACACCAGGAACCAUUCUCUCUCCCACCUGACGUGGGCUUAGGAGGGCAGUGGCCAUCUUCGAUAUCACUGCAGGAUGCUGGGAGGCCAGCUCGAGGCGGGGAGGUCUGGAAUGCCAACAGGCAGGUCACACACAGUCCGGGAUGCUUCUCUGCAGAGGACUGGGGACAGGGCCAGUGGGGCAGUGAGUGUGUUUGCAGCUCAGCAGCGGAAGAAGGGAGAGUCGCAUGUACAUGCAAAGACACGUGGGAUGAUGGUUGCUGCUCAGGUUCCUGAAGCGAGAGGAGAGUGAGUGCUUCUUAGCGUCCAGCGCCUAGGAGCAGUGAACCGCAGCUUGGGAAGUCCAGUGGAAUUCUGCGGGGCUGGGUUCCUCACCCCUGGUUAGUAUUGGACAGCUCCAGGCAGAACAGUGGGGGUUUGGUGGCAAGGAGAGGGCCAAGCGUGGUGGCCAGUCAGUAUGGCAGAGUUGAUCCAUUCAUGUCUUCUGCCAAGAACAGAGAGUUUUGCCUCCAAAGGUGAACUUAACCAAUGACCGUUUGGGAUCUGUUCACUGUGGUCAUGUAGUGACCUCCAGCCAGACUUUGGCAUCAUCGACUUUCCAAAGUCAGAGGCUCCUGGGGUUGGGUUAGGGUUGGGGUGGUGGGUCUCUUAUGUAGCUGAUCUAUGUUUGCUUUUCAUCUAGGAUGGAAGAGCCCUGGUCCUUAAAAAUGCUUGAUUGCGCUUGUUUAGCUAAACAAGUCUUGGUGACUGAUCAAAAAGUCCAAGUUCUGAGGUUUCAGACUACUGUGUAGCAGUUGUGUGUUUAACAUACUGUAACUUUUCCUCCCUCGGGGGCACAUAUGAAUAGGAAGUGUUGAUGUGGACUCUAAACUGUAAUUUUCUUGUAACUAUUUUGGAGUGAUGCCUAUUUCUAAUGUUUGUUAUACUUGUACAGAGGAUUGCUGUUGGUUACUUUUUUUUUUUUUUAAGGAAAAAUGGCCUGAAUAAUUUUUUUAAAAAGACUUACAAAUACCAAAUAUUAA